GUGUUACUGUGACUGGAUGACUUGUCUUCCUCUACAGCGCUGUCUUUCUACUCUUGGAGAGGAUAGUAGGUCUCAGCAAUCUUCCUGUCUCCUCUGCCUCGUUGUUUGGAGGUAGAGGAAGGAAGGGGAGAAAGUACUAAACAGAGGUGUAUUAGGUUUUAGGCCACCACUUCCAUAGGAAGUGAAACUUUAGUGCUUGUUGUUGAUAUUUUUCCUUGAACUCAUCUGUUCAUACACCUUACUUUCUCACUCCACGGGCUCGGACGCGGCAUGGACUGGCUGGCCGCUGGUUACCGGAGGUCCCGUCUCAGACACAUUGUCUCGGACACCGGACUGACAAUGAAACGACGGCGCAAGUACUGGUUUUGGAGGCGGAAAGGUAAAAACGCAAAGAUGUGUCUGCUCUGCUGUUAUGAGAAAAAAGCCAGAGCUGACUGCUUCCAGUCCAAGAACGUUGAGGAGGAGGCCUGCGUGGCGGUGAAAAUCGAACAGUCCACAGCUCUAGGUAGUAGCCCGGAGUAUAACCACAGCAACCCACCCAGCGUGCAGGAGUGUCUGAGUCGGGCGUGUGGCGGGACGACUGACAAGAGCAGGAGAGGGGUCAAUGGAAAAAGCUCUGGCUUCAGGCCUGGGCUGCCGUCUAAACCACAAGUGCCUCCAAAGCCACCACAUCUCCAGAGCCCGGUAACGGAGCUCUCGUCCCCGCUGGCCCGCGUCCAGAAACCUCCACUCAGACCGGGCAUGGAGGAGGGAGGAGGGGUGGGAAGAGGAGGAGGAGGAAGAGGAAGAGGAAGAGGGGAGAAACCAUCCAAAGUCUUAGACCUCAUCAACCACUUUGAGGAGAACAGCAGCACAGAGCACAAGAGAGACGGCUCGCCGCUCAAACAGAUCAACAAGCCGCCCAACGGCAGCCCGGCUCACCGCGUCUACCCGAAGCAGACGGAGGCCGACAGGACUCAGGAGAACCACUCGUCCGUACCGACCUCGCCGCAGGAUGCCCCCAAACCGGCGGCUAACGGCGUGCUAGCUCAGAUGGAGCAGGACAAGGACAAGGAGGAUAACCCGGAGAGGACCAAUGAAAGUGUGAGGAUAGAGACCGACGGGCUGCUAAACGGAGACAUGGGGUGCGGGAGCGCAGAAAAGAGUGAUGAUCAUUCAUCACCUCCACAGACAGACAGGACUGGUACAGAAAGCCACACUGAGAACGAGGACAGUGGGACUAAAAUAGAAAGUGAGCACAGGAACGAAGAAGGAAGCGCAGACCAUAAGGAGACAAAUGAACAGAAGCUGUUUAAGAUCGCCAGCGAGCUCUUGCAAACAGAGAAGGCCUACGUAGCGAGACUUAACCUGCUCGACCAGGUGUUCUGCGCAAAGCUAAUGGAGGAGGCAAAUAAAGGAACGUUCCCUGUGGACGUGGUGAAGAACAUCUUCUCCAACAUCGUCUCCAUCCACACCUUUCACAGCCAGUUCCUGCUUCCAGAUCUGGAGAAACGCAUGGGAGAAUGGGAGUCGACACCCCGCAUCGGAGACAUCCUGCAGAAACUCACACCCUUCCUCAAGAUGUACGCAGAGUACGUGAAGAAUUUCGAGAAGGCCAUGGAGCUGCUCAAACUGUGGACUGAUCGCUCGCCUCAAUUCAAGGCCAUCAUUCAGGACAUACAGAGUCAAGAGGCCUGUGGCUGCCUGACGCUUCAGCAUCACAUGUUGGAGCCCGUGCAGCGAGUCCCUCGCUACGAGAUGCUGCUUAAAGACUAUCUGAAGAAGCUGCCUGAGGGCGACCCUGACCGACGAGAUUCAGAGAAAUCGUUAGAAAUUAUCGCCACAGCAGCUACUCACUCCAACAGCGCCAUACGGAAAUCUGAGAAUCUGAAGAAACUGAUGGAGAUAUACGAAAUGCUGGGUGAGGAGGAGGACAUCGUUAACCCCUCCAACGAGUUCAUCAAAGAGGGCCACAUCUUGAAGCUGGCGGCCAGGAACACCUCGGCCAUGGAGCGGUACCUCUUCCUGUUCAACAACAUGCUGUUGUACUGCGUGCCCAAGUUCAGUCUGGGAGGGACGAAGUACACAGUGAGGACGCGGAUCGGCAUCGACGGCAUGAAGGUCCUGGAAACGACCAACUCGGACUACCCUCAUACCUUCCAGGUCUCAGGGAAGGAGAGGAUGCUAGAGCUACAGGCCAGCUCAGAGCAGGACAAGGCAGGCUGGAUUAAGGCUUUCCAGGAGACCAUCGAGAUCUUCCAGCAGAAAAACGAGUCAUUCAAGAAUGCGCUGAAAGAUGUGGACGAAGUGUCGAAUGCCGAGCUGGGGAAGCGCGCCCCUUGCUGGAUCCGCGACAAUCAAGUGACGCUGUGCAUGAAGUGUAAAGAGCCUUUCAACGCUCUGACACGGCGGAGACACCACUGCAGAGCCUGCGGCUACGUGGUGUGCUGGAAAUGUUCAGACAAUAAGGUGGCGCUUGAAUAUGAUGGCAACAAGAUGAACAAAGUCUGCAGAGACUGCUUCUCCAUCCUGACUGGAGAAAGCAUAGUCGAGGGCAAGAAGAAGGGCAUCCUGGAGAUCGAGGCGGCUCAGUUCACCGGCAGCAGCAUCAUGUGCGGCUUCCUGCAGUACUGUGAGAAGAACAAACCCUGGCAGAAGGUGUGGUGCGUCAUCCCGGAGAAGGAGUGUCUGGUGCUCUAUCUCUACGGAGCUCCGCAGGACGUGAAGGCCCAGUGUACUAUCCCCCUCCUGGGCUACUCUGUGGAUGACAGCGCCCGGCCCACGGACCCCCCGGUCAGCUUCCGCCUCUCUCAGUCCAAGUCCAUUCACAACUUUGCCGCUGAAAGCGAGGAGCUUAAGCAGCGCUGGCUGAAAGUGAUCCGAGUGGCAGUGACGGGAGAGAUGCCAGACUGCUCAGAGACCAACGGCGGCAACGCCAACACGAUGGACGACAACAAUACACAAGAAGCGGGUACCGACAGCUCAUAAGGGUGUGUGUGUUUUUCGACAAGCAAACUGCUGUCGGGUUGCAGAAAGAAAGACAGGAUGUGCAGAUGUGUUCUGCACACACAAAAGUACAAAUGCACACUCUCCGUGCUGUCCUUGAAUCUUAAAGACGAGUGGAAGAAUCAGUGCUGGAUAAGCUGACCCUACCAUGCCACUCUCCAGUUUGCCGAUAUUCUCAUGAACUUUUGAUUCACUGCUAGAGCCGUGCUGGAUUACUAAAGGACAUGUCUGGUGCAAUCAACACUAGAGCAAAGGGGCCUCAGGAUUGAUAUACUUCCCUCAAACAGGCACGAUGAAGGACAGGUCAAACUCAGUCUUCAUACGUUUUUAAUCUGUGUCAGCUCCUCUUGAGCCAGUGGCCUGUACACAAUGUGAAUCAAAGCAAAAGGACGGUCCAAAAGAAGUCUGCUGCUGCUUGAACUCAACUCUGUGUACAUGUACAGUAUAAAUGGUUGUUUUUUUUUCUUUUCAAAAAGGAACAGUUGUGUUUUUAUGUACAGAAAUCAGUCCCAAACUUUGUUUUGAUAACAUAGAAAACAUCUAAGUAUGAUGGUAUAAAGUAUUUACAGUAUUUUGCCCUUUCUUUGCUUCAGAAGAUGGAUCCAAAACUGGCAAAAUGACCAUGUGGGUGGAUGAUGUUCUCGUCUCCUUCUCUCAUCCCUCAGUGAAAAUCCCCCAGCUGUCUACUGCUAAUCAAACUUUGAAUGCACGUUGGCUGAUCUGCCUGCUUUGCAAUAGGUCACACCUGUCUUGUAGUGUUUUCUAUGAAAGGAAGUCAUUUGUUAAUUUAACCAGGUUUAUGAAUAUAGUCAUCAAGCUAUAGCAGAAACUGUUGUCCUUGAGGUUUUAUAUCGUAAUGGCAAUAGGUAUUGUGAUAUCGUACAUUUCCCAGAAAAACAGUUGAGAAACCAUUUAUAGGUGCAACCAACUGUGAAUGUCUGUUUUUGGCUCAUCCAGUUCAAGAAAUGCCUGACAAAACAAGGUGCUUUAUCACAUUGAUGCAAUAAUCCUGUAAAUCCAUUAGCACAAUAAGUCAGUCCUGCUCCUUUAUGUACAACAUUCCCAACAAUGGCAACCAGUUACUGUACGUAAGGUGCACUCCAGCAAUUUAGCAGUGCCCCUCCAUUAACGUUGGAGAAAUGCAAGACAGAUCUGUCAAAAUUGAAGCAGCGGAGGCAGAGAUAUCCCUGAGUAUAGCAAGCCAAGCUUAUAAAACACAGGAUCCUACAAUUCCUGUAAUGUAACUCAACAGCGACUUACAUUAGGUCUUCCCUGCUGAAAUACUCCAGUUUUCGCUCAGAUAUUGAAAGUUUCAAGCCUAACUCAAGAUAACCCUGAUGAUGUCAUAGUGAUGUCAUUUUCUCAGACUUUAGAAAGCGGUUUCCACAGCCUGAGUAGUACUCUCCAUGACAAGUUCGUUGUAUUCAUUAUUUAGUUUCCUCGGUAGAAAAAAAAAAUAUAAGGUCACAAAUCUCUACGAUCUCACAGUAUGUAUUGUCAUACGUCGGCCAACCCUAUGGCCCCGACGGUGCCGUUUGUAUUAAAAUGGCACACUGCAAAGAUGUAUUCUAAUAUGGCAUUACAACUGAUGGAUGAUAGUCGUUCAUGUGCAAAACUGAGGAUGAAUGGUAAACGUUUGUCUAUCUACAGGGCAGAGGAUUGUCAAGUUUUAUUUUUAGAUGCAAACGCAGAACAAUCACAGAUAUAGCAAGCUGGUGCGAGAAAUGUAAAUGUGUUUUUAAUGCUGUAAUUAAUCUUAUUUAAAGUAAUUUAUAGAGUAUGACAAGCAUGAUCUGUUAAAAGUAGCACAAAUGUGUUCCCUGACAGUCCACUAAGAAGCUCAGCAGGUAGAUAUUAUUUCUGAGAGCAAAUGUUUUUUCCACUAACUCAUCAAAACGUGUCACCUUGUGCUUCAGUGGCAGACCGCGACCAGUCGUAGCACGUUAUGGUUGGCAGAGUUCUCCCUGUGCUCCAUGCUGGCGCUCACCCCUCUGAACUCAUUCCCAUCCUCAGUAUUCAAAUGAAAAACAAGAGCACAAAACUUCCCCAUCUGUAAGAUCUGAAUGUAUAUCCAGAUUUGUACGUCCCGUCAUCCCUUCCCCAAAGAUUUGAGAAUCUACGCACUUUACAGAGUGUACCUUCAAAGGAAAUAAAAUGAGAUGAAAUAUGA